CGCCACAUGAACCCACAGUAAACAGCAACACACGAAUGCUGUUGCCACACACAGAGCGAGCUGGUACACCACAGCCUGAGCUAAGAGGCGCAGCUUUGUUGUUGCUCAAGUGAUGUGCUUGUCUGAUCUGGCCUAGUGGGACUGAAGCUGCCCUCUUACCCCUCCCUGAUCCUGUUGCUGUUCCCCCUUGAAGACCUUCACCAGCACCACCUCCUUCCUCUUCCUCCACCUCCUCUUCCUCCCUCCAGCUGCCCCUGUGAUGCCUUCCCCGUGCUGUGGCUACCUGUCACAGUACACCAAUCAUCAUCUGGUUGUCUUCCUCCUCACCUUCUUUAGCUACGUGUUGCUGCACGCGUCACGGAAGACGUUCAGCAAUGUGAAAGUGAGCAUCUCAGCCCAGUGGACGUCAUCCGUCCAGAAUGACAGCGCACAUGCUUUCUCUCCCAGUGAGACAUGGGAAGACAAUCACCUGUUUGCAGAUGAGAAUCAAGCAACUCUGUUCCUGGGAGCCCUGGACUCCAUCUUUCUCUUUUCGUAUGCCGUGGGCCUGUAUUUGAGUGGUGUGAUUGGGGACAGAGUAAACCUGCGCUAUGUCCUCUGCUUUGGCCUGUGUGGCUCUGCUGUAGUGGAGUUUCUGUUUGGCACUCUGACUGAAUGGCUCCACAUCUACAACAUCUAUCUGUACUGCUUCCUGUGGAUCCUGAACGGGCUGCUGCAGUCGGCCGUGUGGCCGUGCGUGGUGGCCGUUAUGGGCAACUGGUUUGGCAAAACAGGGCGAGGCUUUGUGUUUGGCCUGUGGAGCGCCUGUGCCUCUGUCGGCAACAUCCUGGGAGCCUUCCUCGCUUCCAGUGUGCUCUCGUAUGGAUACGAGUACGCCUUCCUGGUGACCUCGGUGGUGCAGUUUGCCGGCGGGGUGGUGGUGUUCUUCGGACUCCUCACCUCCCCAAAAGAAGUUGGUUUGAGUUUGGUGUCAGAAACUGGGCUCAGCCCAGUGGAGACGGACAGAGACAGCCACAGGCCUCUGAUAAGUGACGAAGAGGAUGAGGUGGAGGUUCAGGAACCAGAUGAUCCUCCAGUUUCUCCUCAGGCUAUUGGCUUCCUCCAGGCCUUCUGUUUGCCCGGAGUGCUUCCUUAUUCCUUGGCAUACGCAUGUCUGAAGCUCGUCAACUACUCCUUCUUCUUCUGGCUUCCUUUCUACCUGAGCAACAACUACAACUGGAAGGAGGUCGAGGCCGACCGCUUGUCUGUGUGGUACGAUGUCGGAGGAAUCAUCGGUGGAACGGUUCAGGGUCUGAUCUCUGACUUCAUGGGGAAGAGAGCUCCAGUGUUGGCCGCCAGUCUGGCCAUGGCGAUGGCCGCUCUGGUGGGAUACAGCCGAUCACCCAACGACCAGGUCAUAAAUGCCGUGCUGUUGGCCGUCACUGGUUUCUUCAUCGGCGGCCCAUCCAAUAUCAUCUGCUCCGCCAUAUCUGCUGACCUGGGCCGACAGGCUGCUCUGAGGGGCAGUCAGGAGGCUCUGGCUACUGUGACCGGUAUAGUGGACGGAACUGGAAGUUUCGGAGCUGCAGGCGGACAGUACCUGGUGUCUCUGAUUGAAAGCAAACUGGGCUGGAUGUACGUCUUCUACUUCUUCAUCGUCAUGGUAAGUUGACUACUGACCUUGUUC